AUGACAAAGCGUAUGGUGACGGUUAAAUGCAGCAAGGUUGAUAGUAUAAGUAGCUGGAGUUAUGAAGUGGUAGGGUUGUUCGGUGGGAAGCAUGAUGUGUUGCUGGAUUUGAAAAAGUGCACGUGCAAAAUAUAUGACAAAGACAAAAUCCCAUGUGGCCAUCCGAUGUUGGCAUCAUAUACUCAAGAUACCCCUCAUGCCACACUGGUAGGGGAAUUUUACAAAACAACUACGUGGGCAGCUACUUAUGCAGGGGUCAUUAGCCCAGAGUUGAAUGCAGAGAAUAUAGACUUGGCGGAGGAGAUUGUGUAUAGGGAGCUGCUGCCACCUAAUGCAAGGAGGCCAUCUAGCAGGCCAAAGCAAGCGAGGAUCCCAUCCAUUGUAGAAUAUCCAAAAUCUUCAUCAGCUCCGGCAAAAGUUCAAAGGUGUUCAAGAUGCAAAGAGACUGGGCACAAUAGGACUAGGUGUGACAACCCAAUCUGA